CGCCGAUCGCGCCUCUCCCCUCAACCCCUCCGCGCAACCGCAGCAAUCCACAGUUGUCCCAGAAUCGAAUCCCGGAAUCCGUCCCUCUCCCGACGAUGGGCGCCCGACUACUUCCACAGGUAGCCGGUCGCUGGAUAAUCUUUUAGCUGGACAUGGCGGACUUCCCAUCGGAAAGACCCUUUUGAUUGAAGAAAAUGGAACUACAGAUUUUGCGGGCGCAUUGCUACGGUACUAUGCGGCGGAAGGGGUCGUACAGGACCAGAAAGUUCACGUUGUCGGGAUGCCCGAGCAAUGGGGAAGAAGCCUCCCAGCUCUGAUAGGCUCCGCGGACGUUGCAGAUGAGAAACCAGACAGGCGAAAGGGAGAACGCAUGAAGAUUGCCUGGAGAUAUGAGCGUCUGGGAGAAUUUGGGGCUGGAGUCGCAGGGUCAAGAGUGCCCGCUGCAACCCCAGGAGAUCAAAGUUCGCCCGCAGCGAACGGAGGCCAGGCUCAGCAGCCAGCAUUUUGUCAUGCUUUCGAUCUCACCAAACGCCUCACCCACCCUUCCAUCGCCAACAUUACGUAUAUCUCUCUCGCCCGCUCCAACGAGCCCCUCUUCGUUGCAAUAUAUAAGCGCCUUCAAGCCGGCAUCGCCCAAAGUCCUCCGAGUACAGUCCACCGCAUUAUCAUUCCUUCUUUGCUCAACCCCACGCUAUACCCACCGGAGGCUAGUCAGCCCGAUGUCAUUCUGCCGUUUCUUCACUCUCUCAAAGCUUUGAUGAGCGCACCCUCGGCUCGCAUCACGGCUAUGAUCACACUGCCUCUAUCUCUAUUCCCCCGCUCCUCAGGGCUUGUGCGAUGGGUCGAGCUUCUAAACGAUGGCGUCAUCGAGCUUUGUCCUUUCCCCCAUUCUGCAGACGCCCUUGCAACCUCCGGUGCUGUGACAGCUGGUGAAGAGCCACCGCAGGGCGUACUCAAGACCCAUCGGUUGCCCGUGCUACACGAACGAGGCGGAGGUAGCGACCAGAACAUAGGCCAAGACUGGGCGUUUACGCUUAGCAGAAGAAAAUUCGAGAUUAAGCCCUUCAGCCUACCGCCGGCGGAAGGAGACACGGAAGCCCAAGAAAGUGCGGCUCCAGGCGGAAUGCCAAAAAAGGCGGAUCUAGAAUUCUAAGACGAUUUUGCCGUGUCGAAUGAGGGAGAAAACAGUAUCCAAGUUAUUCCUCGUUGUCCGAUUCCCUUAGCAUAUUCUCCAACUCGAUUUGUUCGGACAUGGCAGGACCGGAGCUAGCCAUUCCUCGGAGAUAGUCCCUUCCGUAGGCAUCCAUACCCUCUCUGAGCGAAUCCCGUGUGAUCCGAGAGCGAAGGCGACUCCCUAGACAAGACGACAGAGCAAGCCACGCUUCGAGUAGAAAGAGAGGUGCAAAGAACACCAAGAAAAGGAGCACAAGAAAGUUCAUCACGGCCACAGCUGGUGAUGGUACGCACUAGUAUGCUAGCUUAGGAUAGAAAAGCAUUGAAUAGAAGCAAUGGUUUCUUGUUUGGGUUGAUCAGCAAUGCCGCUCUAGGCUUAGCGCACCCAUAUAUGACACGUGACAACGAUGGCUGGUUAAGGAAGUUUUGUAUUGGA